AUGAAGAAAGCGGUAACUUAUAUAUCAAUAUCUGAAUGGUUAAACAUAUUACUUCAGGUUUUUGGAGGAUGUUGUACUAAUGUGUUUGUAUUAGAGAAUUUGUUAUCAAACAAUGAUUCGGAGUAUUCAUUGGGUACAUUAAUCACAUUUUGUCAAUUUCUAACCACUACCAUACUUUCAAUUCCAAUUAAUUCAAAAGGAUUCAUUAAACCAAAAGUACCUAUUGAGAAAUGGUUUUUACCAGUUGCAUUAUAUUUCAUCACUUCAUUAUUAAAUAAUCUUGUUUGGCAAUACGAUAUAAGCAUUCCAACACAUAUAAUUUUUAGAUCAAGUGGUACGGUUGUUACUAUGAUUGUUGGUUAUUUAUUUGGAAAUAAAAAAUAUAAUAAGCAUCAAAUUAUAUCUUCAAUUAUUAUUACUUUAGGUACUAUUAAAGCAACAUUACCUGAAGAUAAAUCAAAUUUGGUUGAAUUUAAUUCAAAAUUUUUAUUUGGAAUUUUCAUUCUAUUCAUCGCUUGUAUAAUAUCUGCAUUUAUGGGAUUAUAUGGUGAACAAAUUUAUAAAACUUAUGGUAAUCAAUGGCAGGAAAGUUUAUUUUAUAAUCAUUUUCUAGGAUUACCUUUAUUUUUAUUUGUAUCUUCUACAAUUUAUAAAGAAAUUAAAAUUGUAUGGAAUAGUGAACCUUUAAAUUUUGGGUUGAUUUCUAUUCCUAAACAAGUAUUCAACUUAUUGAUGAAUGUGUCGACUCAAUAUUUAUGCAGUAAAGGUGUUAAUAUGUUGGCUGGAAACACUAGUGCAUUAACUGUCACGGUGGUAUUGUUGGUUAGAAAAUUCAUAAGUUUGAUAUUGAGUGUGGUAUGGUAUGGAAAUUCAAUGUCAAGUCAGAAAAUGAUUGGGGCUAUUGCUGUAUUUGGCGGGGCUGCAUAUUAUAGUUUAAGUGGAAUUCAUACAAUUAAAACAAAAAAUAUUGAUAAGAAACAUUUAUAG